AUGUUAAUCUUAACACAAGGAAGUAAUUCAAGUGGGAUGAAAUGCGUUUCGAAACUAGAUGACGCUGUUUCCAUUAAGCCUGAGUUAGAGGAUUUCUGGAAAUUAGAAGCAUUAGGGAUAACAGAUAUGCCUGAAAGGUCGGAUGAUUACGCAGCCAUUGCUAAUUUUAAAGAAACCAUUAAGUUUGAAGAUGGGAGAUAUGCAGUAACUUGGCCAUGGAGGAACGAAUUUCCUGACUUGUCGGAGAAUAGAGGAAUGGCACUUGGAAGACUCCGUUCACUUUCAGGAAAACUUCGGAAACAACCAGAUUUAUUGCAAAGGUAUGACAAUAAUAUAAGGGAUCAGUGUGAGAAAGGUAUAAUAGAGAAAGUUGACAGAAACCAAGCUGAUGGAAUGAAACAUUAUAUUCCACAUCAUGUGGUUGUGAAACCAGAUAAUUCCACUACAGAGUUACGUGUUGUGUACGACGCUUCGGCAAAGACAAGGAAAGAACACAAAAGUCUGAAUGAAAAUUUAUAG